CCGGUCUUCUGCAACCCGGAAAUAUCAGUCUCGCCAGAUGUUCAGCUCAAGCGACUAACAAAGAACUUUCGUUCAGAAUAUCAAAAACAUCUAUGUACGUCUUCCUCGCACCAUCCAAAUGAGUUUUCGCGCCAAAUUUGUCCCCCAUGCCAGUAGCCAGCUCCGGCGACCUCAAAACCUAAUAAGCCGUCUCUUGUUCCUUCUCGAACGCUGCAAAUCGUCCAGAUCAGUGCAGCAGGUUCACGCCCAGAUGCUCGUUCGCUCCAUAGCGAUGCCCAUGCCCAAUUACAUCCUCGCCAAACUAAUCGACCUCAAGGACUUCAGCUACUCCACUCUUUUCUUUCCCCAAAUCCCCCUCAACAGCUACGCCUUCAACGUGAUGAUCAGGGGGUUGGUCACUGCGUGGCAGAAAUUCGACCUUGCCUUACAAUUACUCAUCGAGAUGAAAUCGCUUGGCGUGAAUCCGGACAAUUUCACGUACCCGUUCAUCUUCAAGUCCUGUGGGAACAUUUCAGCCCUGAGAAUGGGGGAAACUGUCCAUUCCGAGGUUGUGAAAUCUGGGCUGCGAGCGGAUUUCCACGUGGUUCAUUCUUUGAUCACGAUGUACUCGCGCUGCAGAGAGAUGGAUUGUGCUCGGAACCUGUUCUAUGAAAUGACUGAUCGGGAUAUGGUUUCAUGGAACUCGAUAAUAUCGGGAUACUCGAGGUUAGGGUUUGCACGGAAGGCGGUCGAAAUGUUUGGAGAGAUGAGGAAUGAUGGAUUUGAACCCGAUGAGAUGACGCUCGUGAGCGUGCUUGCUGCCUGUGGUGAUUUGGGGGACCUCAGCCUGGGAAGAUGGAUUGAGGGGUAUGUUGUUGAGAAACGGUUGGAGUAUAAUUCAUAUAUUGGUUCUGCUUUGAUUAAUAUGUACGGGAAAUGUGGGGAACUCGAGUCUGCACGAAGGGUUUUUGAUAGCAUGAAAAGGAAAGAGCUAGUCAUUUGGAAUUCCCUAAUUACUGGAUACUCACAAAAUGGACAGACAGAUGAAACUCUGAAAUUAUUCAAUGACAUGAUGGAGACGGGACCUGAACCUAAUGAAGUCACACUGAUUGCGGUUCUAGCUGCUUGUGCGUCAGUUGGAGCUCUUGAUACUGGGAAAUGGAUCGAUGAAUAUGCGUCCAAAAGAAGGUUGCAGUGUAACAUUUAUGUAGCUACUGCUCUAGUUGACAUGUAUUCGAAAUGUGGGAAUUUGGAAUACGCGUCACGCGUAUUUGAAAGUAUGCCUCUUCGAAACCAUGUUUCUUGGAAUGCAAUGAUAUCUGGACUUGCUUUUCACGGGAAUGCACAGAAAUCGCUCGCCUUAUUUCAACGCAUGUUGGAUGAGGAAAAGGUUUUGUGUCCAGAUGAUAUCACUUUUGUCGGGGUUCUUUCUGCAUGUGUUCAUGCAGGUUUGGUCGAUGAAGGUUGUAGAUUGUUUAAUAUGAUGAGCUUAUCUUUCGGGCUAACUCCAAAAGUCGCGCACUACUCUUGCAUGGUUGAUCUUCUAUCCCGUGCCGGACGGAUUUAUGAAGCUUGGGACUUUAUUCAGAAAAUGCCACAGAAACCGGACGAGAUUUUAUUAGGGGCUUUGCUGGGUGCCUGCCAGAAGCUAAAAAACGUGGAUAUUGGUGAAAAGGCCAUGGAACUUCUGUUAGAAUUGGAACCUUCAAAUUCUGGCAACUAUAUUAUCUCGUCAAAAAUAUAUGCUGAUAUGAGGAGGUGGGACGAUUGUGCUAGAAUGAGAUUGUUAAUGAAACAGAAGGGUGUAACUAAGACCCCGGGAUGUAGCUGGAUCGAGAUGGAUGGACAUCUUCAUGAAUUUCAUGCAGGUUGUUUGUUAGUUGAAGAUGGAGAUGAGAUUCACAAGAUUCUUGACUUGGUAUAUGAAGUCAUGAUGAUGGAAGAUAGCACACAUUUAGAUUCUUAAUACAUAAGUUGGAAGGUAUAUAACAAUCUGAAGAUGAAAUAUUUAAAGUAUCCAAAAGCAUUUGUCUAAAGGUUCUGAGGCAUGAGUGACGGCAUUCAACCAUCGGCAUAGCGACUAUCUGUGAAGGAAUUAUUAUCAGGUCUUACGCUUGUAUUCUAAACCCAUAUGGCUGCAGUUUUCAACCCUGAAUGAAUAUUAGUGACGUUAGAACUUGAUGAUUUUGGGAGUGCUUGUUCAAGCAUCCAUUGAGCCUGCACCUGAGAGUUUUCAUCUCGGGUAACAAUUUCUGAAUAUGUAUGUGUUCUCUUUUCCAUGUUCAAUAUUGUUGUGCACAUAUGCUGCUGUGAUCUCACAACUGUAUAUUUAAUAUUUAUAGAUCUAUA